AUGCAAAAGAAUGCCUCAAAAGAACCCGUGACAUCCAAACCUAUCCAACAACAACAGCCAGACCCAGCAGCGGCAAGUAGCUCUCGCCGGCUCUCAAUAGAGGCAGCAGCAGGCCCUUCUCGAAGAUCUUCGAUCCAAAGCGCCAUGGAGUCAGACAUCCGGCAACCGAGGCUGCACCAGCACCGACUAUCACUUGGGCAGAUACCCCAAGAGGACUUCUCCGGGACCUACACCAGAGGAUCAACACAACAGGUAUCCCACUCAAGAUCGAGUUCUGGAAAUGUACAAAGCACAUCAGCCAGUGGAAGCCCGGUAUCAUACGGCGGUACGCAAGGCAGAACCACAAUCCAAAGAGAAAGCACUGGCGGCGGCGGCGGUUCGGACUCUAAUUCCAGCUCGGGUGGUGCCCCGCAAGGCAGCGAUCAAAAGGCCAUGGAAUCCGAACGGGGACGACUCAACCAACUUAUGACGGUUCGAUCACCACUCCUAGAUGAAAUACUCGAAAGUUCUAGCCAACUAACGAAUUCCGGUUUCUUGCAGAAUUUCUUCUUGAAGUUUUGUUUGGUUAUAUUCAAUGUUGAGUUAGAAGAAACGGACGUCUUCCGGGAAGAUCUACGACCUUGGAAAUACGCCGAAGCCUACGAGAACAGGCCGCCGCCUCUGAUAAUCGAAACAUACAUCGACGCCGAAGAAUUAACUCCAAACCAAACUUUAGUAAUAUUAGACGACAACGAACGGAGACACAAUGUAGAGACAACUUUGCUCGCCUUUAGGAAUUGGAGACGAGGUAACCCAUUGAAUUCAAAGAAGGAAGUCGUCCUAGAGAGGUGGAGGGUUGAUUUAAGCCCACCAAUCGGAGAGUCUGGGCCAGAAUUAGCAGUCGUGUAUAAGAAGAGCAUCGUACUCUUUAGAUCUUUAUACUCUUAUGCCAGACUACUGCCAUCAUGGAAACUCCAGAAGAAGCUUGCCAAGGGUAAUAAGAGUAACCUACGGAUCUGUUGCAGGGUUGUGAACGGCGAUACGACUCCGAUACCCCAACCUGAUCCACUAGAGAUUGCAUUGAUUCCCCGAGAAACCAAUGUUACCAAUAGCUUCCAGUUCGGAGCUGUUGAUUCUCCGGCUGGUACCUUCACCGUCAAGGUCGACUAUCGACGACAAUGUGAAUUUCGGGUAGACGACUCGGAGGCUUUGUUGAGCUCGCAUUUCCUUAAUCUGGAUGAACAUUACUUCAAACCUUCUCUCCAUCAAAGAGCCCCUUCACAACCUGUCAAUCUUCCAUCUAGAGAACCAGGGUCACUUCCCUCUCAUAACCUCAAUUUAGUGCAAAGAGGGGACCCAAGUUUGGCCUAUGGCAGCCUAACAUCCUUCCACCAAGUCUCAGGUGGUGUGAGCCAAAGCCCGAUAUCCGCAUUAAGAAACCUCCAUAUUAGUGGUGGAUCAUCAGCAGGGUCGCCUAGCGAGGUAGCUUCGAUAGCCGCCCGUUCCGCUCAUGGAUCUAAGGCAUCCUUGAGAUCUGAAUCUGGCGUUCAACGAAGACCCUCGGUAUCAUUCAUGCAACCCUUCAAAAAUCCCCCGGUUUCAGCCUCUCCAUCACCAGCAGAACAGUAUGGUCACUCGCCACGGACAUCCCUCACCCGAAUGUCGCAGGUGGGCGUCGCGGUCCCUGCAAGGCAGCGUCCUACGACAGGAACAAUGUCUCCUUCCUCUCUGAAAUCAAGUAUUCCAGCCGAAGCACCAACUUCGAAUCCCGCGACACCAGGAGUUCGUUAUAGCAGUAGCUUUGGUAAUAGGCGGCCUCGACACUCCUCGGGUGCUAGCAAAACUGAAGAUGAUAAUAAUAGCAGUGGGAGGGGAAGCCUUGCAUCCUCAGCUGCGGCUCCGGGCUCAGGAUUCGUAGAAGCAUCAGCAGUAAAUUCCGGGAUAAGCGAGGAGGACCGAAGCCUUACCGAUUUCAUGAAUAUGCUUGACCAGAAACAGCCUCUGAAGAUCUUUGAUAGCUUCUCCGAAUCAUCGGGAAGGCGAGCCGUUGCGGCACUUGGGAAGUAUCAAAAGAUGAGGGACUCAAACGCUGCGCUUCAGGAUUCAAUGUCAUCCUCUCUGUUACUCCCUCAACAGCCGACAAGCAACCCAUCUUCCGUUGGUAGAACUCAGCCUGGAGGCCCGCCUGCAUUAUCAGGUAACUCAGUAUCAACAUCAUCCUCCCCAGGGAAAGCAGUUUCGCCCCACACGCCAGCUAUCCCAUCUCGGCUCCAGCAAAAUGAGACAAUCGUGCAUGAACAACCCGAGAACCCCAGCUCAUUAGACGAACGGCUUGCACAAAUAUCGCCUCCAACCUUUAAUUACCUCAGAAGGCCAACGGAGUCAGACCCAGCUCCUUCGGCACAAACCACUUCUACAACCGCCACAACAUCACCCAUGAACAUUCCGUCGUCACCUCGAUUCGUCCAGGUUCGCCGAUCCAAUUCAGUUUCCCAGGAACAGACUGAGGAAGAUGGCGCUGGUCGUUUCCAGAGCCUUCGACAGAUGAUAGGGCCCGUGGAAAGGCCCACAAGCAUAGAUAAUUUGGAUCGUUCUCCGCCUUUUAUAUUGGCAGACGAUUCCCUAACAACACGCGCGCCUGGUUUGGCCACUGGUGAAUCCGGUGCUCUAAGGCAAACGACAGCUGCCACUAGUCUUAGCGGGAGCUCACCCGGAAACAGAGCUGGUGCAUCCAGGACUGCAUCAAGCGAUCGAGCACCCGCUUCUGCAUUCCAAGGCAGACGACCAUACAGAUCUUCUGUUACCCCUCGGGCACCAGUCGAUGGUCGAACCCCAAGCGAAAACCGCGGAAUGUUUCCCUCGGAUGACGACCUGCUCUUUGACUUCAGCGAAGGAGAUGUGGUACAAAGACGUAGUUUGGAUCGAAGCCGAGGCAAUAGCCAUGGAGGCGACAGCCGAGGUGGGCGCGGUAAUUAA